ACUUUUUAGCAGGACGUACAAUAUUAUAGUUGUUCAUGAUAGCAAUAGUAGUCAUGUACCUAUAGUUACAAUGAUUCCUAUAGUGUAAUUAUUGUUCAGUGCCUACAGGCUAUAGUCCACGGCUGAUAGCAUAUAACCACAUAAUAUCAACUAUCAUAUUAUUCUACUGAUUACUCUUUGAUUUAACAUUUUGUAUUUUAAUUCUUUAUACUUUUAUAAUUAUAAUUUGUGGUGCUAAUGAAUAAUAGAUAAUAAUAUUCAGUUCUCUAUAGAAUCCAUACGUUUUUAGUUUAAAGCUAAGCUUUUAAUGUCAAACAAACAUGAUUGAUUCUUAUUUGUAUUUGGUACAAAGAAAUUGAAAUCGUUUGUUUUCACAAUGUUUUUAAUCAUAUGACGUUUCAUCAACAAAUUAGAUCGUUAAUAAACCAUCUACGGAGUCUACUUAUCGCUUGAACAUCAUUUGUUAUUGUAUUAUCCAGUUUCCUUUUUAAAAUGUUUAAAUUCAAUACGUCAAGCAAACAUACUACUAACAACCAAACUGAUAAGGAUCUUAAGGAAGAAGGUAAUCGCUUAUUCAGUUACAAACAGUAUGAAAAGGCCAUUGAAUGUUACAAUAAAGCAAUUAUUAAAAACCCUGUGAUUCCUAUAUACUUUACAAAUAGAGCUUUAUGUUUCUUGAAAUUAAAACAAUGGGACAAAGCAUGCACAGAUUGUCGACGUGCUUUAGAAAUGGACUUCAGUUUCAUAAAAGGUUGUUUCUUUUUGGGUAUUGCACUUAUCGAGUUAGGAAGUUAUGAUGAAGCAAUAAAGCAAUUACAAAGAGCACAUAAUUUAACAAAAGAAAAAAAGGUCAACUAUGGUGAUGAUAUAACAAGCCAACUUAGAAGAGCUCGUAGACUGAAAUGGGAGAAACAGGAAGAAGUGAGACAGAAUCAAGAAAUAGAACUUUUGUCAUACCUGACAAAACUAAUGGAUGAUGAUUUGGCUCGCAAAGUCAGUGAAAUAAAAAAACCAUCGGAUAAUGAAACCGAAAUUGAAGAUUACGAUAACGGUGUUAUGGAAAUUAAAAACCAAAGUGAGAGAUAUGCUGCUGAACUGCAUACCAUAUUUUCCAAGAAUGAUGACAGACGGAAGAAACGCGAAGUACCAGACUAUUUGUGUGGUAACAUAAGUUACGAUAUUUUGCGAGAUCCUGUCAUCACUCCAAGUGGUAUAACUUAUGAUCGCAAGGAUCUAGAAGAACACUUAAUGAAAGUUGGACAUUUUGAUCCAGUUUCACGCCAGCAUUUAACUGUUGAUCAGCUCAUUCCAAAUUUGGCUUUAAAAGAAGCAGUCGAAGCAUUUGUAAUGGAAAAUGAAUGGGUAAAUUACUAUUGCACUUUGUAAGCCAAGCUUUUUAAAAAUGUUAUUAAAUAAAGUAAAUAAAGUAUACAUAAUUUUAUAAAUAUUUAAUUUUAAUAACUUCUUAACCUUUCAAAUAAUUAUCAAUAGUAAUUUCCUGUAUUAGAAUGUAUGUACUAUUUAUGGUUAUUAUUAUUCUAAUUAUAUUUUAAAUCAUAAAAAAAAAUUUAAAAAAAUGAUCGUUAUUUGUAGUCAUUUAUGAAUA